AUGCCUUUAAACGUCUUGAUUAUAGGUGCUGGUGUUGCUGGCCCGGCCCUUGCAAUAUUUCUACAGAAAUCGGAUCCCAAUCACAAGGUCACCGUUAUAGAGCGAUUUCCCUCGCUACGCGUGGCAGGCCAGCAAAUUGAUAUCAAGAACCAAGGUGUUGAUGUCCUAAAAAAGAUGGGAAUCUUCGAUGACAUUAAAAAAGCGUGUGUUGACGAAACCGGUCUUGAGGUCGUAGACUCGAGCGGACGACGGAAGGCGCUUGUAGGCAUCAACCCUGCUGGCCAACGCCGUCGCACUUUGACAUCCGAAUUUGAGAUCAUGCGGGGUGACAUGGUCAAAGUCCUAUACGAUGCGAGUAUCAAGCAGAAUGAACAAGCGAAGCAGCUCGGGGGAAAGGGGGGCCUCACAUAUGAAUUCGGUCAAGAAGUUACGGAAUUCACACAGACCGAUAAUGGGGUAGACGUUACCUUUUCUAACGGACAAAAGCAGAAUUACGACCUGGUGAUAGCGGCAGAUGGCCAAGCAUCGCGCACCAGGCGCAUGGCUUUUGGCCAGGAAGCUAACGAUGAAGCCUUCAAGUCUAUCGGAGUCCACGCCGCCUACUACAGCAUCCCACGUAGCGAAGACGAGGGUACACUUGCAAGGGUUUAUAGCGCGCCGAGAAGAAGAAUGUUAUUUACCAGGACGAGUGGCAGGCCGGUGACGCAGGUCCUGCUCUUCACCAUGGCGGAUUCAGAUAAUCUAAGAAAGUCGUACAAAGAAUCAGUCGAGAAGCAGAAGGAAGCUUUCACGGAGACCUUCAAGGGCGCCGGUUGGCAGGCCGAUCGAUUGCUAAACGGCAUGAAGACAACAACAGACUUUUGGGCGCACGAGUUGGCUCAAAUCAAGAUGAAGCAGCUAUACAAGGGUCGAGUUGCGCUACUCGGAGACGCAGGGUACUGCCCUACUCCGUUCACGGGAAUGGGGACGACGGGGUGUCUCAUCGGCGCUUACGUCCUUGCGGGAGAACUGGCGCGACACAAUAACGACGUCCCCAGCGCUUUAAAAGCGUAUGACACGGUAGUACGGCCCGGGAUCGAUGAGAUCCAGAAACUUCCUACGGAGCUCAUGGGUGCCUUCUUCCCGUCUUCCAAGUUCGGCAUUUGGAUCUUGCAAAAUGCAAUUUGGGCGGUAUCUAAGAUCGAACCUCUGACCUACCGUCCAAAGCCGGAGGGGGAUUACGCGUGGCGUCUACCGGAGUAUCCUGAGCUUAAGCUGUAG